ACUAUUCGUUUAUGAUACACGUACUUGUAUACAUUUUCUCCCAUUUUGUUUCAGUUCGCUUACAACCUACGAAACACAACUCGAGAGCCACUAUGCGCUUACACGUUCUUUCUCUCUUGCCGCUGCUCGGGUCGUCUUCUGGACAGCUUGAACCCAAUUUUACGUCUUCUUCAGGCGUUAAUAUAUACAACCCUUCCAACUUCUUCAAUACCACCGGGCCAUGGAGCUUAAUGUCCAAGGCUGGAGAUACUCUCUACGUUUCUGGUUCGUCACCGCUUAUCUCCUAACUCGAGACCCUUAUAUUGUAACAGCCGGUUUCUUACUCCGCUGUGAGCAUAGGCAUGCGUGGAAUUUAUCAAUCAAACAGUACGCUGGCACCGACUGGUAUGCCACGUGUUCGUCUGGCCUUUGAGAACAUGGCGACGCUCGUCAAGAUGCAGGGAGGCGAUUUGUACUCGUGCGUCCGACUGGUCGUCUUUGUAACCGACAUGUAUAGGUACAGACCAAUGUGCAAUGAGGUGCAGAUUGCGCUCUGGGGCAAUGACCCGUCCAAGUAUCCGCCCCGAACAAUCAUUGAGGUCGGUCGGUUAAAUGAUGACGAUAUCGUCGAGGUCGAGGGAACCUUCUACGUUCCCGAGAGGAAGGAGAGCUCAGUAACACCGAUUUAGUUUGAAUUGCAGAAUGUAGAGUCGGCUCUAUUGCCCGCUCUGUUAGUUGCGCCAGUAGAGCAUCGGAUACAUAGGUGUAUGGUUGUAAAUUGUUGAUUCAGUUAUAGCAAGUAUCUAAGGAUAUUUGUACAGCCCACUUCC